AUGAGCUUGCACGUGAGGUUUGCCAAAGAGAAGCCACGCGCCUGCAUUAGGCGGACCAAGUUGCAUUUCUGGGAUGGGAUGCAGCACGCCUCCCUCAUGCCACACAUCGCUGCCAAAGAGCGAACAGCGAUCUGGGACGCGGUGGCUAUCUACAUCCAAAAACAGCUCCUGCUGCACAAGGGGGUCCGAAUUCCAACUCUUGGCUCCUUCGAUGUUGUCCCCAUCAAGGCCGGUGAUGAGGCUUUGGUUAUGCCAAGGCCUGUGUUCCGCCUGGCCAGGAAUCUUGUACGUGCUCACAGCCUUACGGACGAUACGGAGUACCUGCCUG